AUGGGUAAUAACGCGUCAACUAAUGGUCAAUUUAAUCAUAAUUCAAAUCAUGGUAAUCAUUCAACUAAUAUAAAUCAAUCAUCAAUUCCAAGAAAGCUAAGUCCGAAAGAUAGUAAUCAAAUUAGAAAAUCAACUGCAAGUAAUAAUAAUGAUCAUUCAUUAGAUGAAGAAUUUAGUGAUUUAAUAUUACAUCAAGUUAUUAAACCAACUACAACUACAUCAUCAUCUACCACCAACAAUCAAUCAAGUUCAAUUCAACUGCCAAAUUCUAUAAUUCCUCAACAACUGAAUCAACCUUAUAAUCAAUUUUCAAAUGAUUUGAUAGAAGAUGAAUUCAAUGAAUUAAACGAAGGAUUAGUUGAAGAAUCCACUUCAUUAUCAAGAAAUAUUUUACCAGAUAAUAAUUAUUUUUAUGAUGAUAAUAAGAAAACAAAUAAAUAUACUACUAAUGCAAAUAAUAAAAAUAUUAAUAUUUCUAAUCAUUCUCAAUCACAAUCAGAUCCAAAUGAUCAAAUGGAAUUGGAUGAACCGUUUAUACAAGAUUCUGAUGAUAUUCAAGAAUUUGAACAUCAAUUAUCUCAAACUCCUACCCCUGAUUUAUCAAAAGUUGAUUUUACAAAAAUUUCAACAAAUUCAAAUCAACCUAAUCAGUCGUCAACUCAACAACAACAACAACAAACUGAAAACCAACAAAACCAUUAUUACAACAAACCCCCACCAACAGCAAGAAUGCUAUCAGCUGCUUCAAUAGCAAGAAGUGGUCAUUCACCAUCGCCAAAUCUAGAACAACAGCAACAACAACAACAACUACAUAAUCAACACUAUCAUAAUCAACUGUAUUUAAAUAAUUACAAUCAUAAUGAUAAUCAAAAUCAACACAGAAAUAAACAAUUCAAAAGUAACAAUCAUAAUGAUAAUAUACUUAUUCCAAUUGAAAUUAAAUGGGUCAACACCAAUAAGGAGAAUAUUGGUAAAAUAUCAAUUAUUGGAUCGUUCUCCAACUGGAGAGAUGUUAUUAAAUUAUCCCCACUGAUGAAUCACCCCAAUGAAUUUGUUACAACUAUUAAUUUACCAUUGGGGGUUCAUAAAUUAUUAUAUAUUAUAAACAAUGAAUAUAGAGUUAGUGAUCAAUUACCAACAGCAACAGAUCAAGAAGGUAUAUUUUUUAAUUGGUUUGAAGUUAUUGAUGAUACUCAUUUAUUUAAUCACUCAUUAAACCAAUCUAAUCACAUUGGUGCAAGUACUGAUUAUGAUGCAAAUAUUAUAUCAAGUUCAAUAGAUAAUUCUCAUAGUAAUAAUGAUAGUGUUAAUGGAUCAUAUAAUCAUCCAUCACAACCAAGAUCAGCGGGGAAGUAUGAGUUUGAAAAAAUUCAAGAGAAAUCAAAUGAAUUAUUACAUAAGAUAUCGAAGGAAUCAAGUUCACAAUUUGAACAUGUUGAAUACAUUGAUGAUAUUAACACCAACGAUGACAACAUAGUAUUAGAUGAAGGAGAAGCAGAACUAAAACAAAAACACAUUGAUCAACAAAAAUCAAACAAUUACCCAUACCCACAACAUCACCAACAUCAAUCAAAUUCUCAACAACAAACCCCCAAUCAAUCAAAUCAUCAAUUCCAACCAUAUGAUUUAUCAAAAUCAAACUCAUUCAUAAAACCAAACACUAAAAUUCAAUAUUCAAAUGAUAUACCAGAAAUGUUUAUAAAUUAUGAUUAUUUCAAAUUAAAACCUGAAGAUUAUGAAUUACCUGAACCUCCUCAAUUACCUCCUCAUUUAAAUAAUGUUUUGUUAAAUAAAAUAUCAAAUCAAUCUAAUUCAACAAAUUCAUCCUCAAAUUUAUUACCGAAUGGUCCAAUACCUCCUGUCAACCAAUCAGUACCUACAAAUAAUGUUAAUUCAAAUUAUAUAAAUAAGAGACCACCAUUAAGAAGAGCAGAUAGUUCAUAUUAUGCAUCAAACAAAGAAGCUUAUCAUUUAUCUAUCCCAAAUCAUGUUAUUUUGAACCAUUUAAUGACAACAUCAAUAAAAAAUGAUGUAUUAACUGUUGCUUGUAUUACUAGAUAUUCAGGAAAAUUUGUUACUCAAAUUAUGCAUUCACCAGCUGAUAAAUAA